CUUUCUGCUCAUUUUGCUCAUUCCUUCUACCGCUGAUGGCCCCUGGUGCUCCCGUGUGAUCCUGCAUGGUACCACGUAUCCCUUUCUCCUGUAAAACUAGCUCCAGGAUGAAGAUACUCCUGCUGUUGGCAAUAAUUGUGGCCUUUGGUCUGCUGCCAGCCCAUGGGGAUUUGGGGGAUUUUGGAAUCAUGAUUUGGAAAGUAACAGGAAAGAAUCCAGUAACUAAUUAUAGCUUCUAUGGUUGCUAUUGUGGCUAUGGAGGCAGAGGAUCCCCCAAGGAUGCAACGGACCGGUGCUGCUUUGCACAUGAUUGUUGCUACCGACGUCUGAUCAAAAAGAAAUGUGGAACCAAAGGUCUGAGCUACAAGGUUAAUUACCGAGGAAGCCAAGUCACAUGUGCCAGUCAGAGCUCGUGUAGAAAACAACUAUGUGAAUGUGAUAAAAAGGCUGCCCUCUGCUUUAAGAAGAACAUGAAAAGCUACCAGGGGAAGUACAAAUACUACAACAAUAAAAACUGCAGUGGGAAGGCCCCCAAGUGCUGA